AUGGCAUCAUCAUUAACAAAAACAGAUUCAAAUUUACUGAAAAAUCAUACUUCUGAUCCUGAUCGGAUUAGGGUUACGAAAACUAGUUUACGCUUUGCGGAAGAACAACGGCUUCUUAAUUCUAAGUCACACGCAUCGAAAACAUCUGCUAAAAAUCAAGUCUCUCAGAAGAGUUUGAACAAAUUCUGUAACCGAGUUCAUCAAAUGACCCCGGAAGAGCUUGAUGAACAACUAAAACGACGAAAAUUAUCCACAAGUGGCGAGCUUGAUAUUCUACGAUGUCGUUUGAAACAUCAUUAUAAAUUGGAAUUAACGUUCGGAUGCGAAAAUCCAUCAACAAUGAUUGAACAGCCGUUUCAAUAUAUUGCUGUUCUGGAUUUUGAAGCAACAUGCGAAGAAAAUCACGACGAUAAUUAUAAAAAUGAAAUAAUUGAAUUUCCCAUUGUAUUAAUUGAUGUAAAACAACAAAUUAUUAUCGAUAAAUUUCAAUCAUAUUGUCGACCAACAUUGAAACCAGUUUUAUCCACAUUUUGCACACAAUUAACAGGCAUUAAACAACAUCAAGUAGACAAUGCUCCGACAUUCGUUGAAGUUCUUCAUAAUGUUGAAAAAUGGUUAAAUGAACGAAAUCUUCUAUCAACAUCGAACGGACACAAAUUAGCAUUUUCUACUGAUGGUCCAUGGGAUUUUACAAAAUUCCUUCAAGUGCAAUGUCGUCUGAGUUCAAUAGUUUAUCCACAAUGGGCUGAAGAAUGGAUCGAUAUUCGAAAAGAAUUCUCUCGAUUCUAUUCCGUAAGACGAGGCGGUAUAGAAAAGAUGCUGCAUAGACUUGGUUUAACUUUUGAUGGUCGUCCUCAUUCUGGUAUAGAUGAUUCAAUUAAUAUUGCACGAAUAACUCUCGAAUUGUUGAAGGAUGGUUGCGUUUUAUCAUUCAACGAUGGUAUUCGUACCUCUGGUCCGAAAGCUACGACAAUGGCUGAUAAAAAAAAUGAAGAAGAGGAUUCGAUUAUGCUUAAAGAUUAG